AUGGCACUUGCACUCGUGGAAAAAACUCAAGUUGCUGCGGAACGUUUAUCGACUUCUUCAUCACCAAAUCUCUCGUCACCGCCCACCGAUCUGUUUCGAUUGGUCUCAUCAGCAUAUCAUCAUCAUCGUUCUCCUCAUCAGCAAUCAUAUAGGAAGUUUGAUACGAACAACACAACAAACAUCGAACAACGCAAUGAAACGCUGCAGAACAGUUCCGCAUCCGAACAACGCACACCCUGCGCUGUUGAGCAUUCGUCGGUAAAUGCUGAAGGAAGAUUGAAUGAAGGUGUUGUUCAAACAGCAAAUGGAUGUUAUUCGUCAGUGAACGGCUCAUCGCCGUUGGAGAGUGACUGUGAAGAAGAUGAUGAAGAGGAUGAUGAAGAAGGCGAUACGACGAGGGCAAGUGACGACGACGCAACGAUUGCUGCAACGGAUUCGGCGCAUCGUAAGAAAAAGACACGCACCGUAUUCAGUAGGCAGCAAGUAUCACAACUUGAGAUGACUUUCGACAUGAAACGAUACUUGUCGAGUCAAGAACGAGCACACCUUGCCUCAACACUUCGCCUUACCGAGACACAGGUGAAAAUAUGGUUUCAAAAUCGACGCAACAAAUGGAAACGACAAGCGGUAACCGAAAUGGACAGCUCAGCUGGCUUGAAUAUACAUAGGAGUAAUAUUUUUGCACCACAUUUACAGCAGAUUGGCUCACAGUGCGAUAGGCUUCCAACAUCGCACCAAAUGACCACAAGUCUCCCAUUGAGUGCUACAACCGCAAUACCCGCUCUAAAUGGUUCACUAAUUCAUCCGGCCGCCGUUCUUUUCCGCAGUUCUGCAUCAUCUGCUACAUCGUCUGCAUCAUCACCGCCACAACAGACAACUACCCCGUUCAGUUUUGUCGCCAAUCCUGAAAGCAAUUCUGCGUCUGCUUCCGCAGCAGCAGCCGCAAAACUCUUUUAUGGAACCUAUGGUGCAAUUGCUGCAGCUCAUGCACAACUCAUAUAA